AAAAGAUUUAAUUUAUUUUGAAUUAAAAUAAAGUUCAUAUGACAUUCAUCGUGAAAACAAGAAAAGUUCUAUUAAAUAAACUCUUGAAUAGAAGAUAAUUAGUAAGUUAAUAUAAUAAAUAAAAGAGUGUUGAAUUACUCCAUCCAAAUAAGGCAACUCCAUCAUAAGAAUCAGUUGUCAAAGAAUUGGCUAGCAAAUAUAAAGCUGAUGAAAGAAAUGUUGUUGUUUAUGGUCUCAGAACAUAAUUUGGAGGUAACAGAACAACAGGUUUUGCUCUAAUUUAUGACACUUAAUAGUAUAAGCAAUAAUUUAAUAUUUUAGGUAUUUGCUUAAAUUUGAACCAAAAUUCAGAUUGAGAAGAAGAGGAAUAAUUCCUAAAAGAGAUGGAAGCAGAAAAGGUUGGAAAGAAGUCAAAUCAAAAUUAAAGAAGACCAGAGGAUCAGAAAAAACAAAGAUUUAUAUGUCAAGAAAAACAGACAAGAGAGAAGUCAUAAGAGCUUAAAAGGAAACUUAUCUUAAAGGUUUUGUUGGAAAAUGAUGAUCAUAAAAUAUUAAUAGUACAUUAUAUAAAAAAACAAACUAAUAAUCAUUAGC